AUGGAUAAAUAUGAAGAGGCUUUACCCAGUGUGUUUUUUCGACCCUCAGAACCAAGUUUUUUGCCCAGAGACUCUCUUACGAGUCAAGGGGAUUCUUCAUAUGCGGGUGAUGACACUUUUCUAACGGACAGUUGUGAUGAAGGUGACAAAGAUAUAACCGAGCAAGAUAAAUGGAAUUUGAUAGACGAAUGGAUAAAAAAAUUUUACAAAAAUAAACUGAUACCGCCUUUCGAGCGAAACUCGGCAACUGCUUCCGCGUUAUACGAGUUGGCUCUUUUUAAUAUAAAGCAGGAUGCGAUGGCCGAAAUUACACUUAAAAAUCUUAAAGUUCAUGCCAUGGAAUAUAGUGAUGAGGCUAAACGAAUCAAAAAUAUUCUUGACACCAUGGGUGUCUCCAAAGAAAAACUGUCAAAGAAUGGUAGCGCUGCAUUAAGUACAUUGAGCUCGCUGGCUAUUAGUUUAGGAUUGAGUGAUGUGGAAAAUAGCAGUUAUAUUCGAGCAUUGGCGCAACUAAAUAUUGACACUGCGAGAGCUGAACGCAAGCAUAAAGAUGCCAUGAGCGCUGCUUCAGUUUUAGAAACACGUAUACAAGAGGCAAAUAUUCGGAUUACAAAACUUUCUAGACUUUUAUCCAAUCUUCGAAAUAACUGGGAUUCAAUGGAAGGACAAAAAUUGCGAGAAUGGAAACAAAACACGAAAACAUUAACACAGAAAGGAUAUGAAUAUCAAGAACGAUUGUCAAGCUUAGAGGCAUGUGGUUUACGCCUAGAAAAACUCAAGCAACAAGAAGAACAUGAUAUCAAACUAGCAACUCUAAAAUUACAUGAGGCCAAAGAAAAACUGAACGAUUUAAAAAUCAAUAGGGAAGAGCUACUUACCAACAUGGCAGAGAACGUCUGGUGA